CAUGACCUAAGUUGGUUCAAAAACUUAUCCAAACAUACCCUUUAAUUAGCAUUUGCCCUAGCUUCUCCAUUUCCCUGUUUCUCAGCAGUCGCGAUACGAAUCCGUUCUGUGAUUCAACACUCAUCGGCGAGUCCCGAUCGUCGAGCAUCGAGUUUUCCAAAAUGAUGUUAUCUAGAGGUGCAAAACGGUCGAUUGAGAUUCUUUGUGGGCGAGUAAGCACUCCUAUACACUCCAAAUAUGGUUACUCUACACGAUCAUAUGGGGAAAACUUCAUUUCUGAACCCAAAAGAAAUGAAACACAAAGCAAGAUUUUGAGAACGUAUUCAAGCGAGGUUUCACCGUCAGAUCAUACGAGUCUGAUAAAGAAACUAAGAGAAAGAACUAGUGCUCCUAUCAAAGAGGUCAAGGCUGCUCUUAUUGAUUGCAAUUGGGAUUUGGAGGAGGCUCAAAAGGAACUGAGGAAAAGGGGAGUUGCUCUUGCGUCAAAAAAGGCAUCUCGCGCUGCGGCUGAAGGUUUACUUGCGCUGUCACAGAAUGAUAAAAAGGCUGUUGUUAUUGAGCUUAACUGUGAAACCGAUUUUGUUGCAAGAAAUGAAAUAUUUCAAUACCUGGCUUCAUCUUUGGCGAAACUGGCGCUAUCUGCUGAAAGUUCAGAACAAGCAACUGGUCACUUCCCUAUUGGACUUCAAGGUUUAGAGGACUUGAAGAUCACUUUCGACCAUCCUAAACUAAGCGGAGAAACAACUGUUCGGAAUGCAAUUACAGAAGUGGCUGCGAUGAUGGGUGAGAACGUAAAACUUAGAAGGGGUUUUGCAAUGCCAAUGUCUAAUCACGGUGUAAUAUCUACAUAUCUCCAUACUUGUCCUCAUCCCGGGUUGGGGCGUAUCGCUGGAAUUCUGACACUUGAAGUUGAUGACGAAAAUGCUCCGCUUGAUGCUGUCCAACGUGUUGGUUCAGAAUUGGCAAUGCAUGUGGUGGCUGCGAAGCCUUUGUUUUUAACAAAAGAACAUGCAUCUUCUGACGCAGUUCAGAAUGAACGUGAAAUUCUCAAAUCUCAGGCUGAAAGUUCGGGGAGGCCGCAGGCAGCAAUAGAGAAGAUGGUUGAAGGGCGAUUAAGGAAGUAUUUUGAAGAAGUUGUUUUAAUGGAGCAAAAAUUUGUUGUCAACGACACUAUUAAUGUGAAGACGGUCUUGAGUGAACUAUCAAAGGAAGUGGGGUCCCCUGUGAAAAUCGGAAACUUUUUAAGAAUGGAAGUUGGAGAAGGAUUUCAGAGGGCCGAUGCAUCUGAAGAUAUAGCUCAAGCAGCAUGAUGAUUUGGUGAUCUCGUUUUCCAUAUGUUUGUCGGUUAAUUAUAAUGUGCAUGUACAUUUAGCACGGAUCUUUGUUUCUAGAUAUAAAAAUCAACAUGAUUAGGGGGGUGGGUGGGGGUGCUCCACUUUCCAUCACUCGCCACACCCAAUCAUGUUCCGCCACGUCAUCGAACUUGGUUCCAUCACUAGUGAUGGACUUUAGUGGGGGUGCCCAUCACUCACCACACCCGACAAUUUCCCUUCUCAAUGGUAACAUUCUGCAACUUUUCAAGCGUGAUGGCUAUAACGCGUUAUGGCUACAACGCAUGAUGGAAUUAAGUGGCGGCUGUGUUCCACCGUCCACGCGCUUCAACCACCACGGAGAACAAUGGAGCGCCCCGCCUGGCCUUGAUCUAGAUCUGUAGCGUAUGGAUUGUAACAAGGUUUUGAUAAACCUGAACACUCAUCAUAAGUUUUGUUUCAAGUUUAUUUAUUGUAUGAAUAAGAGUGUAGUGGAACGCGAGGCUGGUCAAGACGUUGUUGGUCGGAUCAGCCAUAUUGUCCAAAAGGUUCUGUAAUAACGGUCCAACCAUUGUGUUCAGACCCUAUUUGAAGUACACCUAAAACAGCCAACAUAGCCAGUGUCCAGUUUAUUA